CUGGGUCGAUGCCAGGCCAGGCCCAUAAAUAGGGGUCUUCCCAGCUGCUCUGUCACUUGCCCUCUGCUUCUCUCUCUUGUCCAUCUCAGCCUCUAGUACCUGGACCGGGAUCUCCUCAGUCCUCGGCUCAGUGGCAAAAUGAUGGCUAUGGGUCUCCUGUGGAUGGGGCUAGCCUUGCUCCAGGCCCUAGAGACCCAGGGCCAGGCCCAGGAAUCCCCCCAGGAGAUCCCAGUUCAGCCUGACUUCCUAGAGGACAAGUUUGUAGGGACGUGGUACAGCGUGGGACUGGCCUCUACCUUCCCCUGGUUCCUGAAAAAGAAGGCAGAGCUGAUGAUGUGCAAGACUGUCCUGACUCCGGAAGCUGAUGGAACAGUCAACUUCACUGCCACCUUCGUCAGCAACAAUCAGUGUGAGACUCGCACCUCCCUCCUGAGGAAGACCCAGCAGCCAGGACACUAUGUUUACAAAAGCCUCAAGUGGGGGAGUGAACACAACAUCUUUGUGGUGGAAACCAACUAUGAGGAGUACUCCCUGCUCUAUACCACUAAAACCAAAGGCAACAGUAACUUCAACAUGGCAACUCUCUACAGCAGAACCAAGGAUGUGAGACCUGAGCUGAAGGAGAGGUUCAUCAGCUUUGCCAAGUCCCAUGGCUUCACAGAAGACACCAUUGUCAUCCUGCCCAAAACUGAUCAGUGUAUCGAUGAAAACUAAAUCCUGCACAUGCCUUAAUCACCCCCUUGGACCUCAGGCUCUUCUCUAGAAAGUCUCAGCUCCAUGGACCCCUGGCUGGCAGGAUCUUUCUGCCUGGUGCCACUGCCUCCAGCUUUGCGCUUCUAUACUGACCCCAUCAAAUAAAUAAAUGGAGUACUGA